AUGGCUAGUAGUAUCGCUAUGUCGAGCUCUGUUUUUACAGCCAUGCUGCUGCUGUUGCUGUGUAGUUCUCAGGUGAUGGGAGAUCUACUCCACAUUACCCAUGCUCCAGGUUAUGUGAAAUUCCUUGAAAAACCCACCCAGGAUUUACCUGCCAGUGACAUUCCGAAGAUGAUCUCACAUUCCCUUGGCCUCUCAUCAAGCGAGAUGAAUUGGAAUGGCAUGUUGCAAGGCUCCUUAUUUAAGAGGCCAAAGGCCAAUGUAAUUGUGACUAUAGUUGGCCAUGAUGAAAUGGAUGAAACACCUUUGAAACCAAAAUCUAUUGCCAAAUAUCCUGUUCAUAAUGACGUUCCAUUUGUUGAUAUUGAACAAGUGACCAAUAAUUUUCAGCGGACCCUUUUUGGUUCUACUCCUCUUAUGGUAGAGCUUCUUGCUGAUAAUACAAAUAUAGAUGUCAGGUCAGAGCAUGAAAUUUUUAAGAAGCUUCCAUCCACAAGGCAAAAACUGAAUGAGCUUCUACUUAAAGAUAAUUCUGUACUUAACCAUUUUGACAUUGGCACCAUGAAUGUCAGUCACUCUGCCGAUGUUGCUCUCCUGGAAGAAUUGCAGAUGAUCCGAAACAUUAUGGAUAAACUGAAAUCUAAUCCUGGUUAUCUCAAGACAAAGACACCUGACUUCUAUUCCUUUACGAUAAGUGGCCUUAAAGAUGUGGCCCAACAACAUGGAAGUCAGUCUUCUCAAGUUGCUUCUGCUACUAAACUACUGAAUGAAUUUAUUGACAAGCCUCUUGCUCUCUCUACUGAUAGUUCCCUCUCAUCUUAUAGCUUCUCUCUCUCUCCCUCUGCUGAUAGUUCCCUCCCAUCUUAUAGCCCCACUCUCUCUCCCUCUGCUGAUAGUUCCCUCCCAUCUUAUAGCCCCCCCUCUCUCCCUCUGCUGAUACCCCCUCUCUCUCCCUCUGCUGAUAGUUCCCUCCCAUCUUAUAGCCUCUCUCUCUCUCUGCUGAUAGUUACCUUCCAUCUUAUAGCUUCUCUCUCUCUCUCUCUCUCUGCUGAUAGUUCCCUCCCAUUUUAUAGCCUCUCUCUCUUUUUCUCUGCUGAUAGUCUCCCUCCUAUUACUCUCUCUCUUUCCCUCUCUGGUGGUUUUUCCCCUCCCUCUCUCGGCCUCCCUCCCUCUUUCUCUCUCAUAAUAGUCAAAUCCCAUCUGUCUUUCUCUGGUGCUAGAGUCAUAUUUGUUUCUAGUGUGGCAAAUGCCUCCUCCAACUUAUCUCUAUUUCUUAUGUUAAUCCAACCUCACAUCUCUCUUUCUGGUGUUAGUCUUAUUCCAUCUCACUUCACAUCUCUCUCUCUCUACAUUUUUUCCUUCUUUUCAUUGUUUUUUUUUUCUCUUGUUUCCCUCCCUUCAUCCAUUUCUCCCUCUUCCCUCUAUAGUUUCACUUUCUUUGUUUAUUUCUCCCCCUCCCUCUUGUCUCUCCACUUUUCCCUUUCCUCAUCCAUUUCUCUCCCCACACUCAUGUCUAUCUACUUUUCCUUUUUCUUAUUCAUUUCACCCCUCCGUCUUAUUUCUCUCUUUUCCCCUUCCUCAUUCAUUUCUGCCCCUCUCUCUUAUCUUUCUUUUCCCAUUCCUCGUCCAUUUCUGCCCCUCUCUCUUCUCUCUUUUCCUCUUCCUCGUCCAUUUCUGCCCCUCUCUCUUCUCUCUUUUCCCCUUCCUCGUCCAUUUCUGCCCCUCUCUCUUCUCUCUUUUCCCCUUCCUCGUCCAUUUCUGCCCCACUCUCUUAUUCCUCUUUUCCCCUUCCUCGUCCAUUUCUGCCCCACUCUCUUAUUCCUCUUUUCCCCUUCCUCGUCCAUUUCUGCCCCACUCUCUUAUUCCUCUUUUCCCCUUCCUCGUCCAUUUCUGCCCCACUCUCUUAUUCCUCUUUUCCCCUUCCUCGUUCAUUUCUGCCCCUCUCUCUUAUCUCUCUUUUCCCCUUCCUCAUCCAUUUCUCCUCCCAUUCUUUCUCUCUAA